UAACGGCGGUGUGUAUGCGCCUUUAAGACCCGUGUAUCCCGCUGCCUUCUGCACUGAAUCUCCGUCGCUGCUGCUCUUUGAGAGCGACAAGAACAAAAACACAAACACACUGAAAGCCACGGCUAUGUCCGCCAGCUCCGCUUUUAACGAUGAGAAGGGCGGCUCGUCCAGCGUGGGGGAGCCGGAGUACGGUCACGAUCCGGCGAGCGGAGGGAUUUUCUCCUCCGACUACAAAAGACAUGACGACUUGAAAGAGAUGCUGGACAGCAACAAAGACUCCCUGAAGCUGGAGGCAAUGAAGCGGAUUGUAGCUAUGAUUGCCCGAGGUAAAAAUGCAUCAGAUCUCUUCCCUGCUGUGGUGAAAAACGUGGCUUGUAAAAACAUAGAGGUGAAGAAGCUGGUCUAUGUUUACUUGGUGCGUUACGCUGAGGAGCAGCAGGAUCUUGCUCUGCUUUCAAUUUCCACGUUUCAGCGAGGUUUGAAGGAUCCGAACCAGUUGAUCAGAGCCAGCGCCCUGCGAGUCCUCUCCAGCAUAAGAGUAACAAUCAUUGUUCCAAUAAUGAUGUUGGCCAUCAAAGAAGCUGCUUCAGAUAUGUCUCCGUAUGUCAGGAAGACCGCAGCACAUGCAAUCCCUAAACUAUACAGUUUGGAUCCUGAACAGAAAGACCAGCUGAUUGAAGUCAUAGAGAAACUCCUCGCUGACAAAACCACGUUGGUGGCAGGAAGCGUUGUGAUGGCUUUUGAAGAGGUGUGUCCAGAGCGCAUUGAUCUGAUCCACAAGAACUACAGGAAGUUGUGUAAUCUCUUGAUUGAUGUUGAGGAGUGGGGGCAGGUCGUCAUCAUCAACAUGCUAACCCGCUACGCCAGAACGCAGUUUCUCAACCCAAACAUCAAUGAGUCCCUGCUGGAGGAGGGAGGCAGCGGUGAUAAAACCUUCUACGGCUCAGAUGAAGAUGAGGAUGAAGACGAAGAGGAGAAGGAGAAGAAGGCCGAGGUUGCUGCCAUGGCUAAGAGGAAGCCAUAUGUGAUGGAUCCAGACCACCGGCUGCUGCUAAGGAAUACCAAACCACUCCUGCAGAGCCGCAACGCAGCUGUGGUGAUGGCUGUGGCUCAGCUGUAUUUCCAUCUGGCGCCUAAAGCGGAGGUUGGUGUGAUUGCCAAGGCCCUGGUCCGUCUCCUGAGGAGCCACAGUGAAGUCCAGUAUGUUGUUCUUCAGAACGUGGCAACAAUGUCCAUUAAGAGACGGGGGAUGUUUGAACCAUAUCUGAAGAGUUUCUACAUCCGCUCAACAGACCCAACUCAGAUCAAAGUCCUAAAGCUGGAGGUUCUAACCAAUCUGGCCAACGAGACAAACAUUUCCACCAUCCUCAGAGAAUUUCAGACAUAUAUUAAAAGCAUGGAUAAAGACUUUGUGGCUGCAACAAUCCAAGCCAUUGGUCGCUGUGCUACCAACAUCAGCGAGGUGAGGGACACAUGUCUGAACGGUCUUGUGCAGCUGCUCUCCAACAGAGAUGAGUUGGUGGUUGCCGAGUCAGUGGUCGUUAUCAAGAAGCUGCUGCAGAUGCAGCCGGAGAAGCACAGCGACAUCAUAAAGCACAUGGCGAAACUGACCGACAACAUUCAGGUGCCAAUGGCACGGGCCAGUAUCCUGUGGCUGAUUGGAGAAUACUGUGAGCAUGUACCUAAGAUCGCCCCAGAUGUUCUGAGGAAGAUGGCCAAGUCCUUCACUAAUGAAGAGGACAUUGUGAAGCUUCAGAUCAUCAAUUUGGCAGCCAAGCUAUAUCUGACCAACUCCAAACAGACUAAACUGCUGACGCAGUAUGUUCUCAACUUGGCCAAAUACGACCAGAACUACGACAUUCGCGACCGGGCACGCUUCAUUCGCCAGCUCAUCGUGCCCACCGAGAAGAGUGGAGCCCUAAGCAAGUAUGCUAAAAAGCUGUUCCUCGCCCUCAAACCUGCACCCGUCCUUGAGUCUCCUUUUAAAGAUCGAGACCACUUCCAGUUGGGUUCACUCUCCCACCUGUUGAAUGCCAAGGCUGGGGGCUACCAGGAGUUGCCUGACUGGCCUGAAGCUGCCCCUGACCCCUCCGUGCGCAACGUGGAGGUGAAGGAGUCUGUGCCUGAGUGGACCAAAUGCAGUAGCCGUGAGAAGAGGAAAGAGAAGAAAGUAGAAAAGCCGUUCUACACCGACUCAGAGGGAGAGUCUGGUCCUACGGAGUCUGCUGACAGUGAGUCAGACUCUGCCACUGGCUCGGAAAGCAGCAGUGGCAGCGAGGAGAGCGGGUCGGGAUCAGAGAGCGAAGAGAGCAAGGAAGCCUCCGAGUCUGAGGAAGAGGAGGAGGAGGAGGAAGAGGAAGAGAAGAAGAAAAAAAAGAAAGAUCUAAAGAAGCCAGUGCAAGAAAGCGAAAGUGAGCAGAGCAGCGAAGAAGAAGAGAGGAAGCACCAGAGGAAGAGUAAACCGCGCAAGAGCGAGUCAGAGUCUGAAUCUGACGAAGAUGAGGAAAGCGAGUCUGAAAGCAGCCAGUCGGAGUCUGAAGACUCCGAGUCAGAGGCUGAGGUCAAGAAGAAAAAAAAGCUGGCUGAAUCUAAACCUCCUCCCAAGCCUGUCAAGAAAGAGAGCAAGAAAGAAAAGAAAGAAAUGUCUCUGCUCGACCUUGAUGAUUUUGAACCUGCUCCCUCACCACAAGUCACACCCGUCAACACCUUCCUGUCCAACAGCCUCGUGACCGACCUGGAGGGGCUGUCUUUGUCUGACUCUGUCCUCUCCCCAGCAACCAUUGCUCCCUCCAGCACGCUGAAGAGCUACGAGCUGCUUCACCGGAUCACGGGUGAGGGUCUGUCGGUGGAGUACUGCUUCAGCCGGCAGCCUUUCAGCCCUGACGCCAACAUGGUGGCAGUGCAGAUGCAGUUCACCAACAACGCCUCUUCCGACACCAAGAACCUGCACAUAGAGGACGUGAAGCUCCAGUCUGGGAUGAGGGUCAAGGAGUUCCCAGAGAUUGAGCUACUUCCGGCAGGUGAGACAGCCACAGCCGUGAUGGGCAUCGAUUUCUGUGAUUCAACGCAAGCAGCAAACUUCCAGCUGUGCACUCACACCAGGAAAUUCUUCGUGUCGAUCCAACCACCGGUCGGGGAGCUGAUGAGGCCCGUCUUCCUGACAGAGAACGAGUUUAAAAAGGAACAAGGUCAGCUGAUGGGCAUGAACGAGAUCACAGAGAAACUAACUUUGGACGUCAAGUGCCGAAACGAACACACCAUCGUCCAGAGAGUGACCACCGCUGCCAACCUCAGCAGAGUGCCCUGUGGGUCAGAUAAAGAGUGCAGUCCUCCUCUUCCUCCUCCUGAUCAUCCUGUCCACAGGUUUGCCGGCAGGACGGUGACCAGUGGCAGCUUGGUGCUGGUCACCGUGGCAACCAAAGAGGAAGGAGCCGCCCAGCUGACGGUCAACUGUGAGAAAAUGGUGAUCGGCACGAUGCUGGUGAAAGACAUCCUCCAGGCUCUAACGCAGUGACGUGAACCAGCUCUCCAGCUUUGAACUCCACCCCCACCCGCACUUCAGCCAUCCCUCACAUAUCAUCUAAGACUUGUCAGUGUAGCAUCUCCUGCAAGCCGUGUCAGUGAGGAAGCUUCCACAACAUUUGUUUUGUUAGAAGAGCCCCAAACUUUUAGAAGUUACUCCCAGAGACAGUGAAUGCCACACCCGGACCUGACAAUUAAAACUGAACCUGAAUGUUUUUACUUGACUAUCCAAAAAUACUAAUUUCCGAACGUUUCAGGGGUUUUUUUCUUUCCUUGAGGAGCUAAUUGGAUUUACUGGACUCACAUUUAUUUAAUCAAAAACUUUUUUCUUUAGUAUAAAAUUGAUGUCAGAAUUUGUUUCCUGGAUAAACAUUAAUCGAGGCUGCAGGUUUAUUCUUGGCUUUGGGGAAAAAAACAGUGGCUCUGAAGCAUUCAGCCACAGCCUGUGAUCUUCCCCAGUGGAGGCAGUUGCUCAGUUGUCAUGGACAAAGACUGAAUAAAUUGCAUUUUUCAUCAUUUGUGAAAUCAAAAUAAGCUACAGCGACGACUAGGAUUAGGACAAAGUCAUUCGUGAUAUUCGAAUCCAAUAUGUGAUGCUAGAUUUUUCUGUGCUCUGACCUGGUACACAGUAAAAUCUGGAGUAGGACACAUCUUAAAAGAAAAAUCCAGAAGAAUCUUCAAUCAGUAGCAGAAAAUAACAAAAACAUGUGCAGUAAGAUGUUCACUAGGUUCAGGCUGGCGGCGGUGAAAGAGGUAUUAACACUGUGCAGUAAGAAUAUGUGACUCUUGGCAAUCAGGACACUUUAUUUUCCCAAUAAAGUGGCCCUACACCAUAAACUUUGCUCACUCAAGAUCUCCCUUGAUUUUUUUUUAUUUUUUUUUAAUCUCAGACUAGAUUUAAUCCAUGUGUAGGAAACUGAAAUAAUAAUACAUUUUCAUUGUGACUGCUGGUUUGAUAUAUUUUUUGCUUUUAUUCCAACUUUAUGUAUAUCAGGUAAUGACUAAACCAUCUCUAUGACAAAUGAGCAACGUCAUAUGCUGAGGAAAGACUGGACCUCCACAGGUUUUCGUCAGAACCGAAGGUCUUUCUAUGGUGUUAACAUGAAGAUGUAACAACUUUCAGUUCAUUUUAUUUAUAUAGCUACAAUUCACAACAAAAGUUGCCUCAGUAUGUUUUAUAUUGUAAGAUAAAAAUCUUACAACAAUAUAGAGUAAACCCCAACAAUCAGAUGCCCCCUGUGAGCAAGAAAAACUCCCUUUUCCUCUGGCAGAAUCAGGCUCAAGGAUGGGCAGCCAUCUGCUGCAACUGGUUUGAGGGGCUAUCAAACUGUUUUAAGAUGCAGAGAUACUCUGAGAUACAUGAAAUGGGUAAAAGACUAUCAUUAUAUUCCCUCAAAUCAGGUGGCACUGUCACAGUUAUUUAAAUUCAUUACAAGAUACAAGAAGAUAGCUGAUCUAAGACGGCUACCGUUUAACCUCAACUAUGUGAUUUUGGUAUACUAUUAAUGAACAACUCCCCAGAGUUUUAUCUCAUAAUUGGUGAUUUUUAGCAUGUGGUUAGCUGUCAAAGUGCACAUGUUCAUCACAGUAAGUGGGGCACUGAUAAAAGCUGAAACGUAUACAUGCUGUUUUAUUGCAACAUGUAAUGCAGUACAACUGUAAGGUGUGGUGUGUGUCUGUGUGUGGAGGUGAUGACACUGAAUAUCAGCCUAACAAUAUGAAGUAGCGCUUUUCAUUAAAAACUGUAACACUUGACUUGACAUCAUCAUGAAGCACAUUAAAAUCACAAAAAUCAUCAUGCUUGAUAAUACAGAAAUGUUUUUUGGGUUUCUUUUCUCUGAUUUCAAAUUUCUGUGAAUUAAACCCAGCGUUUAACCCCAACUCCAACCGAAAUACUUAAGAAAUAUCACCAAAUUAUUUUCUUAAUGAUCAUUUUGAUAAAUGAUUUAUCUACUAGUUAUAUUCUCAUAUAAGUGAACUGUGAUUUGGACUCUUAAAAAACAGGAUUUUCGCCCACUAAAUUCUCAACCGAGUCUCGUAGACAAGCGUUUACUGCAAGUCAUUCUGCAUGGGUUCAAUGAGGUGGUAGUUUUGGUGUCUUCUGUUUGUUUAUGUGCAUAAAGGAAGUAAUAUAUUGACCAUAGAGCUGUAGCAUAUUUUUCUAAUUUUUGUUAGCUUCCGAGAAGGCAAAGCUAGCAGUUUUCUUCGGUUUCUGUGUCAAGCUAACGGGUUGCUAGCUGUAGCUAUAGAGUUAGCUUGCUUAAAUGAGACUUAACUGACUUUUGGCAACAUAGCAAAGAUAAAUCUUUGUCAAAAAUAUAAAAGCAUUCAUUUAGAUUUCUAUUUUCAGAAAACUCAGCCUAUAUUUACUAGUAAAUAACACAAUGAAGCUUUGAAGUGAAAGGUUCGCAAAAGCUUAUAACAAAACUCAACCCAUUCAGCUUUCCAUAAAGUUGAUUUAGUAAAGAAACAUUUAGAUUAUGUUUGAGUAUGUGCUGAAGAUAAUGUGCGUGAUUUUCAAGUUAAGUGUUGCUUUUCAUCUCAGUGGUCAGGCUGGUUUCGUGGCUAAUUACAUUUGAUGCCCCUUUUUUUUCUUUUAAUAUCCUCAUCUGUGCUGCAGACGCAUGUUUCUUAACUCUAGCAGUAUCUGUGUACUUCUUUUUACUGUUGGAAACUGUCAUGUAAUCUCCCAAAGCUACAGCAGUAGUGAACAGACUUUAUUUUGGCCUUUAACGUACCUCUCGCAUUGUCUGUUGUUUGCCCGUUCGCUCCAGCAGCCAUGAUGAUAAAGGUAAACAAUAAGAAAGUCUACUUUCAAAAGUAAAAAUACAGAAAAGCGUGAACUCUAUUCUCCAAAUCAAGCGUAGGGCCACCUGUUUCAUCUGCUUUCAAAAUAUCCAAAGUACAGCUCCUCAUACCCGUGUGUGGUUGUGAAAUGUGGUCCUGAGGUAUUACAAGUAUAUUUAUUAUACAAAUAAAAGUACAGAUAUGG